AAUUAUACACCUUGCUUUUGUAACAACACAUUUGAUUGGUUAAUAUCAGACGUAAUUCAUCGCCAUAUUUUGAUGAAUUUAGGCGCAGAAUAAACAAGCAACAACUUUAAAUUAUGACUUCUAAUGAGACACAAGGGGGACCGGAUGGGACCAAAGAAGAAGGCACAGAUAAGUCUGGUGGCGAUGUCUUUGCCAAGCCAGCCAUUCCUGAACUCUCAGCCACAGAAAAAAUGAAGCAAGAAGAAGAUAAAUUACGGAAGAAAUAUCCAAAUAUGAAGCCGGGUGUUGGAGGGUCAGCUUUAUUAUCAAAACGACUACAAAAGAACAAGUACUUUGAUUCAGGAGAAUACAACAUGACAAAGGCCAAAAUGAGAGGGUCAAAGCUACCGCCUGCGGCACAGGAAAACAUGAUUUUGCAGGAACCACCGGGGGACGCCAUUCCCACACCAGAAGCCAUCGCUACAAUUAGGAAACCAUCACUUCAACAAAGCAAGUUAGCAGAGCUUUCAUGAAUGGCACCACUUAAUAUGAUAUUUUUGUUAUUCAAAUAAUAGCGCUUUUUCACCUCUCAUGACAUCACUCAGAAGUUGGCAGUCACAAUUUUUUUUUUCAUGCGGGAAAUUGAUUUUACUGAGAGAUAUCUGGGCAUUUUAUACAUUGUUUAUGGUUCCCAGACAGUAUAAACUUUUGAUAUUUCUUCUUUACCAGGAGUGAAAUUCAAAGUUUUCACUUAAUGUUAGAAAUAUCGUAUUUUUGCUUAAAAUUUUUUUGACCCUCAUGACUGUUAUAGAGGAAAAAGAAAGUAACUGUAUUUUUUCAGUAAGUUUGUCAUUUUGUCUGUGAUGUGUGUUUUAGUGAAUGUAUGAUACAUGUAUGUGUGUAAUUGUUAAUACUAAAUGUUUCGUUUUGUUAAUGCAUCAUAUGUAAUUAUACUUGAUUUAUAAAAUCUAUGUGGAAUGGGUUUUUUUUAACAAUAGAGAUCAUGAAUGAUGUUAAAGUAUUGACAUUGUUCCACAAGGAUUUCCAGUAAAUAAUGUUUGUACAUUGUGAAUGCAGUUAAAUCAAGUCAAAUAUGGAAGAACAUAUAUAUAUAUAUAUAUAUAUAAAUGUUGGAAGAAUGUGUAUAACAGUUGCUUGUUUUCUUCUUUUUUCCUUCACAUAUUCCCAUUCCACAAGUGACUGUAUAAACAUAAGAUGAAUGCAAAGGAAAGAGAGAUUUCUGAUGUGAUGGAAGAAAUAGGGUGUAUCAAACUGAUUAUCCAAGUGUUCAGGGCAAUACUUUUGGAGAAAGGUUUACUACAGAAUUGAAUGUCUAUGACGUGGAAAUAAAGGUUUAUCACAGAGUUGAAUGUCUAUGACGUGAAAAUAAGGGCUAAAAAUUAUGCAGUGUAAGCAGAUUUACAUGGUAGAUGUGAUACUAGUGCUGGAAAACUUAGAUACAGUCGGUAUAUUUUUUUAUAUUUUCUAUAUUGUCAAAAAGUAUUUUAUUUCAUUUUGAACACACUUCAUCUGCAUACUGUUAUGCAUGAAUAUCCAAAUGGAAUGAAACAAUUGUUGCAUGUGAAUUAGAAAUAGUAUUUUGGAAACUUCAUUAAGAAAUAUUAACCCACACCCUAUAGUAUCACAAUACUAAUGCAGCAUGAAAGUUGUUCUCUUUCUGUAUUUGCAAUCUUCAGUAGCGUCGUUAUCUGGAAAGCAUGUUGGUCGUGUUUAUAUUGCAUUUAUGCAUUACACUGUAAUUUGUAAAUAGCCAUUCUCUCUUCUUUUUUUUUUUUUAGAGUAUGUUCACCUCAAUCCUCAUAUUGUUAUAGUUUUGUUUAAAGAUCAAGAAUAAAUCAUAGUUAUGUUU